AUGAGUAGAGGUAAGGCAAUCGCCACUGAGUCCUCUGUUCCAACCAGAGAGUUUAUAAAAUGGACUGAGGACAUGGACGCACGUCUGCUUCACUGUAUGAUUGACGAAUCAAGAAUCGGUAAUAGGGUUGACGGGAGUUGGACAUCCCAGGCGUAUACUAACAUUGUUGAUCACUUACAUGUCUCUGGGUAUGUUGCUAUUACAAAAAAUAAUGUUAAGAACCGUCAGAAAGUCUUGAAAGAUAAAUGGCGUGAGGUUCAUGACCUUUUUUCUGGAUUAAGCGGAUUCGCUUGGAACCCCAUUACUAUGCGAUUUGAUGCGGAGGACGAGGUUUGGAUGGACCUCAUUCAGUCGAGGCCAACUGCCGCAAAGUGGAGAGUGAACAGUAUCCGCCAUUACGAUUUAAUGGUGGAGUUAUGGGCUGCGGAUCGAGCAACAGGGAGUGCUGUUAGGACAGCUCGUCAAAUACGUCGAGGGCGGGAAGCGCCUCGUGUUAAUGUUGAUCUCAACCACAAUGUUGAGUACACUCCUGAGCAGCCUGACUGGAUGGGUUAUAGAGACCCAACUCCCCCAUCACCUCCUCCCUCUGUUGAUGAAUAUAGUACAGGUGGAACUCAAUCUGUGCCUUCAGUCCCAUCGGGUGGGACUUCAUCCUCAAGAGGUUCGAAAAGGAAGGCACCUACGACGGAUGUUAUUGAAGCCCAAUUUGAGAAGUUCACUACCAGCUUGGACGGUUUCACCAAUGUCCUCAGUUCAUCAAAUGUUCAUUUUGGUACUAUUUCUAAUGCAGCCGUGGAACAGUUACAUGGCGAUGCAUUUUCAUUCAAUCUUUCCCUCUACACUAAACUUCACUGCUCACACAGCUCUUAA